AGCUGGGGCCUUGCCCCCCGAAGAAUUCCUCUGCGCUGUCUUUGACUCUGUCCGGAACAGCAGUGAGAAGAGCCCCAGCUCUGCCCCCAGCCCCGGUUGCCAUGGAGUCAUGGCUCCUUCUUCUGGUGACAUCUUCAAGUUGGCGGAAGCCAAUGCCUGCUGGGCCCCCCAGGACCUGCUCUGCAUGGAGGAACACACGUUCAUCAGGAACGUGGAGCUUCUGGGGGCCGUCAGGGGUUUCAGCCCCCCUCAGCUGAUGACCCUAAAGGAGAAGGCAGUGCAGGUUUGGGACAUGCCUUCUUACUGGAAAGAAUACCAUAUCACCUCCCUGGGGCGCAUUGCUCUGGCUCUUAAUGAGAGUGAGCUGCAGCAGCUGGAUCUCAGCUCCAUUGAUACCGUGGCUUCCCUAAGCCGGCAGACCGAAUGGACCCCAGGACAG